UGUGGUUGUGUCACCUCGGAGACUAGGUAAUAAAGAUCCUUGCAAGCUCUCUCCUUGGCUUUUCUUGUAGAUCACACCUCCGGGGGAAUCCGGCUGCCACGUCAGGAGGACAGCCAGGCAACCCUCAGAAGAUGAGAAACCAAGGCCUCCUGUCAAUAGCUGUGCAAGUGAGCCACCUCAGAAGUGGAUUUUCCAGCUAAAGUCAAGCCUUUGACGAUGGCAGCUUUGGCCAACGUCUUCACUGCAAAUGCUUGAGAAACGCGGAGGCGGAACCAACCAGCCAGACCACUGCCCAAUUCCAGACCUGCAGAAAGUUUGACAUAACAAAUGGGAUAAUUUACAAGGGCCCUGCAGCUAGUGAGCCACAGUGCCGACCGGGAGAUGGUGGAAGGACCAGGCUGUACUCUAAAUGGAGAGAAAAUUCGGGCGCGAGUGCGCCCGGGCCAGGCGGUGACGGACUUGCGGGGAAGCGCCUUGCAGAGCCUGGGUGUGGUCUCUUCCCAGGCUGCUGCACUGAAUAAUAAUAAAGAUUCCAGCCAGAACUUCUCGAGACUGUUUAACGGACACGUUUACAGUGGUGUACAAACUUUGGGGAAAGAGCUCUUUAUGUACUUUGGACCAAAAGCUUUACGGAUUCAUUUUGGAAUGAAAGGCUCCAUCAUGAUUAACCCACUGGAGUAUAAAAAUAAAAAUGGAGUUUCUCCUGUUCUUGAAGUCCAGCUCACUGAAGAUCUCAUUUGUUUCUUUGACUCAUCGGUAGAAUUCAGAAACUCUACAGAAAGCCAACAGAGAAUAAGAAUGAUGGAAGAAUUAGAUGUAUGUUCGCCUAAAUUUAGUUUCUCAAGAGCAGAGAGUGAAGUUAAAAAGCAAAAAGGACGGAUGUUGUGUGACGUGUUAAUGGACCAGAAAGUAUUGCCUGGGGUGGGGAACAUCAUCAAAAAUGAAGCUCUCUUUGACAGUGGCCUCAACCCAGCUGUCAAAGCUUGUCAGUUAACAGAUGAACAGACCCAUCACCUGGUGAAAAUGAUACGUGACUUCAGUGUUCUUUUUUAUAGGUGCCGGAAAACUGGAUCUCUUAUCUCUAAACACUGUAAGGUUUACAAGCGUCCUAACUGUUGUCAGUGCUGUUGCAAAAUAACUGUGUGUCGCUUAGGAGAGAAUAACAGGAUGACAUAUUUCUGUCCUCGCUGUCAAAAAGAAAAUCCUCAACAUGUUGACAUAUGCACGCUGCCAAGGAGAAACACUACGGUCACCUGGCCAUCCAGCAGAGGGGACCGUGUGGCUCGGAAAUCCGAAGAGCAGUGGACGUGUGUGGUCUGCACGCUCAUAAACAGGCCGUCUUCGAAGGCUUGUGAUGCUUGCCUGACUUCAAGACCUAUCGAUUCAGUAAUCAACAAUGAAGACAAUUCUAUUGUGUUUGACAGCUUAGUGAAGUAUCCUUGUAAUAGUUUUGGAAAACCAAGUACAGAGGUGAAGGUCAACAGGAGAACAGUAUUUGGAACUACAACCCUUGUCUUGACUGAUUUCAGCAAUAAAUCCAGUGCUUUGGAAGGAGAAACAAGCCAAAGUGGGAUGCUAGAUAGAGAAUUUCAAAACUCUCCUCCGACUGAUGUGUGUUUUAGGGAUCCACUGCACCCCUCCAAGGAGAGAGCAAACCAUAGAACUCAACCAUCUAACAGAGUAAACGGAUCACCUACGGCCUGUUCUCAGUCCAAAUUAUUUAGUCCAGCCUAUAAAAAGUUAAAAACAACCCACUCCUCAUCACCAGACCUCAAAAGCGGUAGCCCUGGAUUUUCUAACAGUGAACUUGGAAUUAACAUGACAGAUGGUACCUGUGCAUUAAAUGCUGGCAGUCCUCGCUGCGGUAAACACAAGCUCCUGUGUGUUCUACGAGUUGUGCAAAAGGAUGGCGAAAACAAGGGCAGGCAGUUUUACGCUUGUCCUCUACCUAGACAAGCGCAGUGCGGAUUUUUCCAAUGGGCGGAUCUGUCCUUCCCAUUCUGCAACCAUGGCAGACGCUCUAUCAUGAGAACGGUGUUGAAGAUUGGACCCAAUAACGGAAAGAAUUUUUUCGUGUGUCCUCUUGAGAAGGCAAAACAGUGCAAUUUUUUCCAGUGGGCAGAAAAUGGACCAGGAAUAAAGAUGAUUCCAGGAUGCUAAUAUUUUCUCCUUCUGUGUGUGGAAUAUCUGGCAUUUAACUCCUUUAAACCAUACAUAAUGUUUAGUUCCCUUUUGUUUAAUAGAGAGGUUGUAGAACAUCCUGGCACAUUGUAUAGUGACAGUAAUAUAUGAGAGCUGUUCACUUUUUUUUUUAAUGUAUGCUGCUUUCCAUUCUUGGCUAUGUAUUUUUUUUACCCUGAUAAAGGCUAUAUGUGUUCCAUCGAAUGUAUAGUAUAUUCCACUUAUCAUGUUUAUAUAAUGCAUUUAAUAAUGACAAUAAAGAAUUUUUAGUGUGCUCUUGGCCUCUUGUAACUUCUGUGGGGAAGCAGUGAUUCUUUGUUUGUUUUUUGGAGAGGAUUAUGUAGUCCAGUGAAAUAGCUAAUUAUUUUGUCUGCAAUGAGUCAUUUUCUCAGGGAUUGCCACUCUUCAUAGCAUAUGAUUAAAGGUACUUCUUGUUUUCGUAAAUGAAAUUUAAGAUGAGAUCACCUCUGGAAAAGAAUAUUUUUGUAUUCUUUUCAAUAGCAUCAAGUUCCUCUUAGACAUUACAGAUAAGCCAAAUACUUGGAUAGCUUAAUACAUUGUCAUGGAAACUUAUGGA